CCAACUUCUAAUAUAUUCCUGGACCGUGCGUUGCUAAAUCCACCUCAACGUGUGUUUUUAGGUAUGAAAUGUUCAACGGAUUUUGCUAAGUUUCCUGAAUUUUUACAGCGCCGAGAGUCGCCGAGGAAUGACGUCAGGACGUAUCAGAUUGAAUGAUGACGCCGUGUGAUCAUUAAAAAAAAUCAGCCGUUAAAAAAUAUCAGAUUUAACCCAGCGUCGCGUCAACACGAAGCACGUUAGCGCGGUUAUGAAUACGCGUACGGAGCGUUGGUUCGUGUAGUUAAGUUUAUUGAGACGCGCCGGGGACGUGAAAUAACCUGAGCCUGACGGAGAGAGAUGUCCGGUGCUUCAGCAUCUGCAGGCUGGAGCCGUAGCCGCUAGACCGGUCCGUGCCACCGCUCGUCCGCCCGCCUCCACUGGACCAGCGAGUCCCGAAUGUCGCUAAUGCGGCGCGGUUGUCUGCGGAACGGGCAAGGGCUGAGUGCUUAGCCGGAGGAAAGGGGUCACCGGCGACUGAUACACCCCCCCCCCCGGAGGGAACCCGAAGGAGGCAGCUCCGCGGGACCCAGGAAAUCACUCCUCGCCUCGUCCGCCUGGUUGCGUUAGCAACACGGUGCACGUUUGAGUAGUUCCAAAACAAGUCAUUGAAGGACUCUAGCAUGUGAGCGCCUCAGGCACCACCGUAGGCAUGUGAGCCUUGACACUUGUGUCACAUAUCGUCUUUACCCUGAGCAGAAGUACACGUGCUUUGAGUAUGUCAAGCCGCCGGAAAUCAACCACACCUUGCAUGGUACUGCCCUCUGACGUGGUGGAGCAGGAGGAGGUGGAGGAGAAAGCAGGGGGAACAAAUGAGGAAAAGGUGGAUGAGGAGGAAGGGAAGGCAAAAGAUGGAGCUGAGGAGGAACCUGUUGCAGAUGAGCUGGGUCAGGCUGUUGUAGUUGUCCCUACUCCACCUGAUACAGAUGAGCCCAUUGUCUCUGUAGAAGAAAGCCUCUCACUAAGACACACCUCUACAAACCCUCCUGAGGAUCCGGACAGUAACCAGCCAACACAGGAAGAACACUGUGACACAUCGGAGGAAGUGGGAACAGAUCCUGGGUCUGUCACUGCCAUCUCUCUCAGCAAGACCCCUAUCAUGAGGAUGAAGACCAAAUCUGAACCCAAGAGGAUUGCUGUGUCACUAAAAUCAGCAGACGAGACGUCGGAAGGUUUUGGAGGAGGUGGUGAGGGAGACGUCGGGGCAGAGCAGGAGCCCAUUGAAGCUCCUCUGGGGCCCAUGACCCCAGUGGAAAUGCUGCUGCAUGACUCCAUGAAGCUUGGAGGAGCAGGCUUGCUGGUCAGCACACCCGCAGAGCAGCAGAGGAAAUCCUCCAUUUUGAACCCCACCGUUCUACCUGCUGGCUUGGCACAGGUGCUGUCCGCCUUCCAGGCCCAGCAGAGUGCAGCAGCAGCUCAGCCUCAGCUACUCAUUCCCCUCAGCAGCAUCCCAUCCUACAGUGCUGCGAUGGACACCAAUCCACUUUUAGGCAGCACAUACAAGAAGUUUCCUUAUCCCUCUAUGGCGGAGAUCAGCAGCCUGGCAGCACAGACACAGUUCACAGAGGAGCAGAUCAAGGUCUGGUUCUCAGCUCAGAGGCUGAAGCAUGGCGUCAGCUGGACCCCAGAGGAAGUGGAGGAGGCCAGGAGGAAGCAGUUCAAUGGCACAGUGCACACCGUUCCUCAGACCAUCACUGUAAUACCUACCCACCAACUCUCAGCUGCUGCCAAUGGCUUGCAGUCCAUUCUGCAGACAUGCCAGAUAGUGGGUCAGCCUGGCUUGGUGUUCACACAGGUUGGCCCAGGGACGAACCUUCCGGUGACCAGCCCCAUCACUCUGACAGUGGCAGGGCUGCCCAGCCAGUCUCAGAGCUCCAGCAGAGUUGCCUGCCAGCCAACAAGCAGUGAGCUGAAGCGGGCGACAACUGUCCAACCCCCCUCUCUUUCUCCACAGGAGAACUCUGCCCUCAGCGCUGACACGUUCAGCAUGCGGCCUAAGAAGUCCAAAGAGCAGCUGGCAGAGUUGAAAGCCAGCUACCUAAAAAACCACUUUGUCACUGAUGCUGAAAUCGCCCGACUGAUGAAAAUCACCAACCUAACAAAAGGUGAGAUCAAGAAAUGGUUCAGCGACACUCGGUACAACCAGCGCAACUCCAAGAACAGCCACGUCAUCGUUUUCAAUGAUGGAGCGAGUCGAGCAGGGGUCUCCUGCGGUAGCAGUAUGAGCACCACCAUUGUCAUUGACUCAAGCGACGAGACGCCGGCAUCUCCCCACCCCCCCCGCACUCCUCCUGUGAAGGAGAAGGAGCCACGGGCCAAGACAUGGAACCCAUUCCCAGACUUCACCCUGCAGAAGUUUAAGGAGAAGACGCCCGAACAGCUGGUGGUGCUGGAGGAGAGUUUUGAGAAGAGCAGCACCCCGACGGAUGAAGAACUGAGCCGCCUGAGGACAGAGACUAAACUGACGAGGAGGGAAAUUGAUGCCUGGUUCACAGAGAGACGCAAAGCGCCCGGCGUCAGUAACACCUCGCCAGAAUCUUCAGAGGGAGGGAAGAUGCAGACUGAAGACAUCGAAGGAGGAACAGGUGCUUCUCCUUCUUCCUCUAGUCGAACUCCUCCAGGGGGUCGAAGCAAGCAGCUGCCCACCACGAGCAGCAGCAAAGACUUGAGGGAUAAAUGUAAAAAGUCUCCAGGGCAACUCCAUGCUCUGAAAAGUGCCUUUGUGCGGACCCAGUGGCCCACGCCAGAGGAGUAUGACCAACUGGCAGAGGAGAGUGGCCUUCCCCGGUCCUACAUCGUCAGCUGGUUCGGGGACUCUCGCUAUUCCUGGAAAAACGGAAACCUGAAGUGGUUCUUUCAGUACCAAAGUGGCAACAACGAGGGGGCCAGCGUUGGAGGAGGCAGUAAAACGGGAAGCGGGAGAAAAAGACGCAGCCGAAAUCGUGGUUGGGGCCGGUCUCGCACCAGGAAGCAGCCAAGAAGGUCCGCCGCCUCCUGCGCAGACAUGGACAGGUCUCCUCCACCCAAGAAAUUCAAGAGUGCGAGGGAGAUUCUGAAGGAGUACUACCUGAGGCACCGCUUCCUCAAUGAGCAAGACCUGGAUGAGCUCGUCACCAAGACCAACAUGAGCUACGAACAGGUAAGGGAGUGGUUUGCUGAGGUCCAGCGGCGCUUGGACGUCGGGUUGGACCCCUUCCAGGAGCCGACUGCAGGCAGGACCGAUGGAAACGGGGGAGAAGACGAAGGAGGGGCAAGGCGGCGAAAAAUGGUUCCCGAGGAGCAAACGGGGGCGGGGGAUGAAGAGGACGACGACGAAGAUGAGGAGGAUGAUGGCGUAGACACAGAUGACAGUGAGGUUUGGGAACCGUCACGUAGCGUCAGAAAAUCCUUGUCCAUUUCUGAAGACUAGUGGUUGUUGAGAAGCACACUGAACCACUACUGUGUUACUGGGAGGAUCAGAGCAGCGGGACACUCAUCUGAACCUGGUGUUGGCCGCUCGUUUGCAUGUGAACACGUUUGCAACAAGAAAUAACUCUAAUGGACUAUAGCUUUAGUUUACACUCAAUAUUUGUAAUGUGUAACAGAGUAGACUAGAAUGGUUUAGCAGUGGUUACCAAACCCUGCCAGUCUUCAGUGGCAUCCCAUCUAACAUCAACAGUAACACAAUAAUUUGAAACUGGUGCUCAGUUUCCCCAAAAACACACAAACACAGUCAUCGAUAUGUUCUCUGAAGAACACCAACUGAUAGAAAUGUGGAAUUUAGGAAGGAACUCACAGGUUGUUUCCUGACAUUGAACAUCUGGAUGAGGAUCUGUGAGGAGUGGCCUAAUACCUUAAAGCUGAUCCAGUGUCGUGAUGCUCUUACAAAAACCCACGAUGUCGACUCAAGUCUUCCCUUUAUAGUGGCUCGUCGCCACCGUGUGUUUGAUAUGCAUCGCUAAUUGUGUUUUUAAAGGGUUUUUCACCUUUUGAUAGAGACUACCCUGUGUUAUUACAGACUUUUUAAACUGAGCUCUGUGCAUUCAGACAGAACGAGGCUCUUGUGCCAAAGCUGAAUGUUCAGUCACCAAUCGUGAUAAGAGCCGCUGUGAGGCAGAGGUCAGGAUCCUCUGACAGAAUAUUAAAAACAAAAGCAUUUGGCUGUGGCAUGUCCCACUGCUGAUCUCUCCCUAACAAGACUGCAAUGGCCACCAAAUCACCGACACCUUGCCUUUUAUGAAGUGUUGACCUGUACUUUGAGGAACGCUGUUCAACAUUAUUUCAGACAAUAAUUUGACUCCAGCCUGCACUGAAAAGAAAAAAACAUGAAGCACCUGAACUAAACAUUUUAGUAAUUGCACUUUGUCCACUUGUGUUAAUGGUGGAUUGAAUCCUGAUUAGGCACCUUAAUCUCUUAUCGUACCAUGAAAUGGCUCUGAGAGACCAAACGUGUUUUGUAUGACUAUGGACUUAUCAGUGUUUUUGCCUUUUUUAUCUUUAGUGAGUUUUCAAAUGGAGGAAUCUUAGCAGUUCAUCCACUUUUCUAAAAUGUGUUGUAUGUUUUUAUGGCUCAGAAAUUGAAUAGAACAAUCGGUCACCAGUAUCAUUUACUAGACUGCACAAUUUGAGCCCAGGUUGAAUAAUUUCUCCUUUUGAAAACAUCUGUGUUAUAUAUAAUGUUCAGUUUUGUAAUGUGAAAAAGCUUCACCUUCGCUCUGUAGUGGAACGUCAACCAAAUAACACUUUCUAAACGUUGUCCUUAUGCUUUAUUGCCUACACUCAAAGGACACCACGCUACCAUUCUUUGCUGUUAGAGGAGAGAUCGAUGAAGCUUUGCAAAUAAACCUAUGUGCCUACAUGGCUCGUAUCCUCGUUUGAACAGAAUUUCACCAACUCUUGACUCAGAAGAUGAUUAUGAGGAGAUAAAUAUGGGACUUAAAUGAGAAACUGUUGGAGGGAGGUUCUGUUUAAGUGUGUUGCAUGAUGGAUCUCUGCUUUGUGCUGAUACUAAGAGCUGCCUAAACCCUCUGAAGCUGACAGUGGAAACUUCAUUUCUAAGUCCCUAAAUUGAACCCUUGAUUUGUUGAAUUGCAUUGUCUUCUGCCACCAAGCACUUGUUCCACCUCAUGCUGGCACAUUUGCUCCACAGGAAGCAUCAGAACCUCUUUCUGUCCCACUGGUGUUGCUGGCAAAGAAGACGUUCAACAUGUUAAGCAAACCUAUUGUUUAGUAAUGCAUGCAAUAACCAAGAUGGACAACUGCUCAUUUUGUACAUAUGAUAUUUUGGGUUGGCGUACUCGGCCCAGGGGAAGCUGAGCUUGUGCAAAGCUGCUUAGUUACUUUUAACCCUGAUUUAGUUUUAAUAUGUUUCUGUCAGUAAACCUUGAAACAUGUUUUAACUCCUGUUACUGUCGGCUUGGGCAGGCCUUCCCCAAUCUGUUCUCUGUGGGGAAAGUCAGGACUUUUUGUACCUACGUCACCACCACAGCUGUGCUCAUUCAACCCAAUGGCUGCCCACAGGUUAGGCUUCACCCUGCCUCCGGUAUCCAGCCCACCAUCUUUUACAAGUGUGUUGUUUCAGUCUGUUUCCAAUGGUUUUUAUAUGUUUCUAUCUAAGAAAACAGAAUCAUUACAGCUCUGUUGGAACAUCAGUCGAUUGCUUGUACAGCAGUACAGACCUAUAUGAUAUGUACAAUAGAGUAGAGUUUCUGUGAAUGUUCUUUGGAGUUCAGCCAGUGUUGUCUAAGUGGCUAUUUAUUACAAAAAUAUAAAAUCACAGUUCUUUAACGGUGGCAGAGAGGGUUUAGUGGGAAACCAAAGUCAUUUGUAGUCGCCACUGAUGAAUCCACACGAGAAAGUUAAACAUCAGAAAAUCCUAGUUGUGAUUGUCCACAGCCAUCAUGUACCCAGUUAACCUUUUGCAGUAGAGCUAAGCUGACAUUGUGGUCACAGUAGUUUACCUGCUGUCCUGUUGUGCUCAUGUGUCUCCUGUUUGUAUCAUUCGCUAUACUUCUGCUGUAGUCCUCACUCAGUUUCUGUAUUUAUAGAAGUAGUCGCUUGAAUGUUUUUACUAUAAAUCUGCAGCUUUUUGGUAAAAAAUACUGUACGUAUGAAUGCAAAUGAUUUCUGACUUCUGGUUUUCUUUCUGCUGACGGUGGCCCAGGCUGCUUGGUAGAAGUGUGCUUUGCUUUAAGUGUAGACUCAACAGCUCUUUGUUCUCUUGCAGAACAAGUCAUACGUGUAUUUCCACAGCAGUUUUACUGAAUGACGACAGUGGUCUUUCAGUUUUUAUAGUCCAUUACAAAUGUUUUUUAGACACAGAUACUGUAGGAAGAAUUCAAUGAUCUGACUGUAUAUUCUCCUUCAAUAAAUGGGCAAGUAUUAACUUACAGGAAAGAAGCUUCAUAACUAGUGUGUGCUUUAGUCGCUUACUGGGAUCAACAGUGGUUUCAUUAUAUCGACUACACUCUUAUACCAAACCUGAGCUACUAUGUGGGACUAAACAAGGAAACAUUUUUGAAAUAACAUCCAAUGAGUAUAAAACAGAACUUGUUUUAUUCCUUCUUCUUACAUUCUGUCUACAAACACAUGUAGGUGCCAUUAAUUUUAUAGAAAGACAGUAGGAUCACA